AUGGCUGCCAAGAACAACACCCUUCCUCCUCCGUCUUCCUCCAAGAACGACGACCCAUCCACCUCGGCCAUCACUCCUUCCCAGGAAGACGCGUACCUCUCACGCGCCUCCCACCUCACUCGCCAAGAGCUCCUCCGCCGCCGGUCGCACCGCCUCAAGGAGCUGACGAAAUGCUACAAAGACCACUACUGGGGGUUCAUGGAGCACCUCAAGAUCCAGUACAGGGAGUACUACUGGAAGUACGGUGUCAGCCCUUUCAAACAAGACAAUGAAGUUGCUGCUGUUGAAGGUGGCGAUGAUAAUAAUCGGCGGUGCGCUUCGGUUGGCUGUAAGCUCAAGGCCAUGGCCUUAACCAGCUUCUGCCACCUCCACAUUCUCUCCGAUUCCAAGCAGAGGCUCUACAAGGCUUGCACUUAUGUUAUCAAGAGUGCACAGGCAGGACCUAUAACAUGCGGGAAGCCAAUACUGAGAUCCACUACUCCUUCUCUUUGUACUGUCCACUUCCAGAAGGCUCAGAAGCAUGUAACCAGAGCCUUGAGGAAGGCAGGGCUUAAUGUUACCUCAUCUAGUAAGCUUGCUCCCAAGUUCCAUGUGAUAGUGGCAGAAUAUGUACGCCAAAUUCAAUCCAAACGAAGAGCCGCACUAAAGGAUAAUAAACAUAAAGUAGCAAUAAAGGAAGAAACCGCUGAUUGACGACGGCCAGCCUCUUUCUUCUCAAACUGGAUGCAUGGUGAACCUGCUAAUUCUUUAAAUGAAGCAAAAGGUGUGAUUCUUUUCCUCGUCAAUCUUUAAAGCAUCAGGUUUUGGUAACAGGAGGUGCAUUAUAGCUAUGGUUGUCCCAUGAAUUGUAUGGGGUGACAUGCAUAGAGUUUUUUUUUUAAUUUUGAUUUUUAUUAUUUUCUCUCUGAAUUUAGUUCUUAGAGUUUGUCUCUACGAGAGAUGAUGUUCGAGUUUAUUAAAUAUUGAUUGUAUUACUUCAUUUUUUAGCAUUGUCGUUUCUUCCUUUGAUGUCUCUGUAUAUCUAAUUUUAACCUUAUGGUGGGUAGUUAGGUACUGCUAUGUUGAUUUAGUGGGAUAUUCAUUUUAUGGAAGCCUAUUAGUCUCUUAUCUUUGUUUCUUUUUUUCUUUUUUUUUUUUUUUUUUUUUUUGGGUGAAUCCUAUAUUUGUGAUGGU